AUGUCUAAACGUUUACUAGUACAACCUAGUAUAUUGCCCGUGGAUCAAUUAUUACAAGAUUAUUGUAAUUCAUCUUCUUUUGUAAUCAAUAAUGUACGAAAAAUAGUAUUUUCACCAUGUUCUGAAUAUUUGGCUAUACCAAAACAAGAUAUUGAUGGUCAAUAUUGUGUGCUUGUUAUUCAUUGUUCGAAUUGGCAUUCAAACAAUGUUACAAAUAGUGAUUUAUGUAUACACAAUCAAUUUACUUGUACAUCAGCAAUAUGGUCAUUAGCAUUUGGUCAAAGAACAUCAAAAUUAAAUUCUGUAACGAACUCAAUUUUAAGUGAUAGAGAUCAUUUAUCUAUGCUAACAGCACGACGUGAUUCAUUUGGUCGACGAUAUUCAUUUGGUCGACGAGAUUCACUUGGUGGAGGACGUCGUUCAAGUUUUUCAGUUGUUAAUCGUCGAUAUGAUUUUACCAAAAAUUUAUUUCUAGCUGCUGGUCUUGCCGAUGGAAAAAUAAAUAUUUGGAAUGUUGCUACUGGCGAAUUAACAUUAAUACUUAAAGAUCAUCAAUUACCUGUAUGUGGAUUAGAUUUUACAGCGUGUACCAUGCAAUUAGCAUCAUGUUCACAUGAUACGACUAUUAAAUUAUGGGAUUUACUUGAUGAUGGUAAUAUGUAUACAACAUUAAAUGAAUGGACUCAUGCAAUCAAUACAGUAAAAUGGUCACCAGAUGAAACACUUUUAUGUGCUGUAGGUCCAUAUGAACUAGUUGUAUUAUUUGAUACAGCAACAUGGACAAAAUUAUUUGAUUUAGAUGGACAUUUACAUACUGUUGUUGAUUGUGCAUUUUCAUCGGAUAGUGCCUUAUUAGUAACUGCUUCUCAUGAUACACGUGUUUUAAUGUGGUCAACAACAACUGGUGAAAUUAUAAAGUCAUUCGCACAUCAAGUUCCAAUACCAUUAAAAAUUUAUGCUGGUGGUGAUAAUGGGGCAUUUGUUCGAUCUGUUGCUAUUACAAAAUUUAAUCAUUUUCUAAUUACUGCUUGUGAUGAUAACAAAGUACGUUGGUUUCCUUUAGUAUUAAAUGAUUCAUCGAAACCGAUAUUUGAACAAACAGAAAGCAAUGUUUUUUGCGUUGCAACAACACCUGAUAGUCAUACUAUGGCUAUAAGUAAUCGUAAUGGUGAUGUUCAUCUUUUUUCAACACUUUCAACAUUAUUCACAAGUCAACCAUUAUCAUUAAAAUGUUUAUGUCGAUUAGCAAUAAAUACUUAUUGUGGUAUUAAACGAAAAGAUAUUGUAAAGUUGCCUAUAUCAUGUGUUUUGGUUAAUUAUCUUUUAUAUAGAGAUAUUAAAAUGAAAUGA